AUGGCCACCAUGGAGAAGCUGAUGAAGGCCUUCGAGUCGUUGCGCUCCUUCCAGCAGCAGCAGGGUCCGGCCGCCAUCCCCGAGGAGCCGCUCCAGAGACCAAAGAAAGAACUUUCAGCUACCAAGAAAGAUCGAGUGAAUCAUUGCCUAACAAUAUGUGAAAACAUAGUUGCUCAGUCUUUAAGAAAUUCUCCAGAAUUUCAGAAACUGCUGGGUAUUGCUAUGGAACUCUUUCUCCUCUGCAGUGAGGAUGCAGAAUCUGAUGUCCGGAUGGUUGCUGAUGAAUGCCUUAAUAAAGUUAUUAAAGCUUUGAUGGAUUCCAAUCUUCCUAGGUUACAAUUAGAACUGUAUAAAGAGAUUAAAAAGAAUGGUGCUUCCAGAAGUCUACGUGCUGCACUCUGGAGAUUUGCUGAGCUUGCCCAUCUAGUUCGGCCUCAAAAGUGCAGGCCAUACUUAGUGAACCUUUUGCCCUGUCUAACACGGAUAAGUAAGAGACCUGAAGAAUCGGUGCAGGAGACCCUAGCUGCGGCAAUACCAAAAAUCAUGGCAGCGUUUGGCAAUUUCGCGAACGACAAUGAGAUUAAGGUUUUAUUGAAGGCUUUCAUAGCUAAUCUUAAAUCCAGUUCCCCUACUAUCCGUCGAACAGCAGCAGGAUCAGCAGUAAGCAUCUGUCAACAUUCGCGAAGAAUGCAGUAUUUUUAUGCCUGGUUAUUGAAUGUACUUUUAGGUUUGUUGGUUCCUGUAGAUGAUGAUCAUCCUACUCUUUUAAUUCUGGGUGUUUUACUUACACUAAGAUAUCUCAUACCUUUAUUGCAACAACAAGUAAAAGAUACCAGUCUGAAAGGCAGUUUUGGUGUGACAAGAAAAGAAACAGAGAUUUCACCUUCACCGGAACAACUUGUACAGGUUUACGAAUUGACUCUGCAUUACACCCAGCAUCAGGACCAUAAUGUUGUGACUGGAGCUUUGGAAUUGUUACAACAGCUCUUUAGAACGCCACCACCUGAACUUCUCCAUGCUCUGACCGCUUCAGGGGGCAUUGCACAGGUCAGUGUAUCCAAAGAUGAACCUGCCAGCAGGAACCGCAGUGGGAGCAUAGUGGAACUUAUAGGUAAAAUACUUCUUGGUGAAGAAGAAGGUUUGGAGGAUGAUCCUGAAACCCGAUCGGAUGUCAGUGCUGCAUCGUUUGCAGCUUCUAUGAAGGGCGAGAUAACCAGUGAACUGACUUCAUCAGGUGUAUCAACAGCUGGGUCAGUAGGGAGUUCAGCUGCUGAUCCUACCGGACAUGAUAUCAUUACUGAGCAGCCACGUUCUCAGCAUACGUUGCAGUCAGACUCUGUAGACCUGGCAGGUUGUGAUUUGACAAGUACAGCUACUGAAGGGGAAGAAGAUGAUGUGCUUAGUCGAAGCUCCAGCCAGAUCAGUGCUGUCCAGUCAGACCCCACUAUGGACUUGAAUGAUGGUACACAGGCUUCCUCACCAAUUAGUGAUAGCUCUCAGACUACUACAGAAGGUCCAGACUCUGCUGUAACCCCUUCGGACAGUUCUGAAAUUGUUUUGGAGGGUGCUGAAGGACAGUAUUCGGGAAUGCAAAUUGGGCAGCUGCAGGAUGAGGAAGAUGAGGCUGCAAAUAUUCUCCAAGAUGAUUCGUCGGAGUCUUUCAGAAAUUCUUCUAUUGCUCUUCAACAGCCUCACCUGUUGAAAACCACGAGCCAUAGUAGGCAGCCUUCUGACAGCAGCGUGGAUAGAUUUACAUCGAAAGAAGAUGCAGCAGAUCCUGGUGAUCAUGAAAAUAAGCCCUCCAGGAUAAAGGGAGACAUAGGUCACUACACCGAUGGAAAUUCUGCUCCUUUAGUGCACUGCGUUAGACUUCUGUCAGCCUCUUUUCUGCUUACUGGGGAGAAAGGAGCUUUAGUUCCUGAUAGAGAUGUGCGAGUCAGUGUAAAAGCCCUGGCAGUAAGUUGUGUAGGAGCAGCCGUUGCCCUUCACCCCGAGUCUUUCUUCAGCAAACUGUAUAAAACACCCCUUGAAGCAAUGGGAGAAGAGUAUGAGGAGCAGUAUGUAUCAGAUAUUCUGAACUACAUUGACCAUGGAGAUCCCCAGAUUAGAGGAGCUACUGCCAUUCUGUGCGGAACAAUUGUCAACUCCAUUCUAAUUAAAUCGCGCUUUGAUGUGGAAAAAUGGCUAAUAAAUGUCAGAAGCUCAACAGGAAACCUCUUUUCCUUGGCAGACUGCAUACCUCUGUUACAGAAAACGCUGAAAGAUGAGUCCUCUGUUACGUGCAAACUGGCUUGCACAGCUGUGAGGAAUUGCAUCAUGAGCUUAUGUAGUAGCAGUUACAGUGAACUAGGUUUACAAUUAAUUGUUGACCUCCUUACACUGAAGAAUAGCUCAUAUUGGCUAGUAAGGACAGAACUUCUGGAAACACUUGCAGAGGUGGAUUUCCGGCUAGUCAGCUUCUUGGAAGGAAGAACUGAGAGCUUGCACAGAGGUGUUCAUCAUUAUACUGGUCUACUAAAACUCCAGGAGAGAGUGCUUAAUAAUGUUGUAAUAUGUCUACUUGGAGAUGAAGAUCCAAGAGUGAGACACAUAGCUGCAGCUUCCUUAAUGAG